AUGGAAAGUCAUGCGGCGAAGCGGCCAUUGGAGGAAGAUACAAAACAGCCGACCAGACUGCCUCAUGUGAGGGUUGGCGUUGGUUGCAUCCUACGCCGUCCAGACGGCAAGGUUCUGCUUGGUGAACGCUUGGGUUCGCACGGUGCUGGCAGGAUGGCCUUGCCCGGCGGCCAUCUCGAGCACGGAGAGUCGUUCGAGGCCACGGCAAUCAGGGAGGUUGCUGAGGAGACGGGGAUUGAUAUUACCGGCGAAGUGCGGCAUGUGGCCACGACGAAUGACAUAAUGACGCAAGAAGGGAAGCACUACGUGACUGUAUUCAUGCUUGCAGACGUGCCUCAGGACGCCGAAGCGCGGAACCUGGAACCCCACAAAUGCAAAGGCUGGAGUUGGGUCUCCUGGCAGGACAUCCGAGAAAUUCCAGCAUCUCGCUGCUUCCUGCCGCUCACGAACUUGAUCCAGGGUAAAGCAUUCGAAACAUCACAUUAUAAAGGUGUCCCGCAGCAGCGCUGA